GUGGAUUCCUAUGGACACCAUUUUUCAUUAAGAAAAGGAGGAUGCCGCCACACAGCUGCGGGCGCCCAGUUACACAACAGCGCAACGAAAGCUACAUACAAGCCCUAUAAGCGAGAUGAGUAUGUUAGCUCCCCGCUGUACGAAUGAAAGCGUCGCCAGGCAAACCAGGAACCUCACACGAGCCGACCUGCGAUAGGCAAACUCAUGCAGUGAGCCUUGGCGUGAAAGAGAAAGCGAACGUGCCGCAUGCGAAUAUCAACCGAGACCCAAGCGGCCAACAAGUCUGCAUACACACAACGCACGGUGACAGGAGGUGAGGGGGAGGGAGAGGAGGGAGAGGAGAAGAGAAGGACGGGGAGGACAAGGAGGGAAAGGAAAAUGAAGAGGAGGAGGACGAGGAUAAUGCCGCAGAUGAUCGGCAAGGAGGAGGACCGCCACCAAUGUUUCAACUGGCCCUCCUCUGAACCUACAGACGACCGAUCGAAGCGGGCCAUCAACCCGACUCCGAUCGCUUGGAUCGAGCUUGGCAGCUCGCCCCGAACCAGGAUCCAGCUGGCCGUGUGCCGCAGCGCUGGCCGUCCAAAUCGGCUCGGAACGGCCGCGGUGGCAACAUCGGUCAACAUCAACACAUCCAGCCGGAGGGAGGAGGGAGGAAGAGGAGGAGGAGGAGGAGGAGGAGGAGGAGGAGGAGGGAGGAGGAGGAGGAGAACUCCCGAAGUCGGGCCGGAACGCACGUGGAAUCGGCCGGGCCGAAACGGCACGGAGCCCUGAUCGACCCGGCCGCGCUCAGGAAGCGCGAGAGCGCCGCGCGGGCGCCGGGCCGAGGUCGGAACCUCUGGAGGUCGUGAGGUCGACCCCGAUCGAGGAGGACGACUUUUUCGCGACGCGAUCAGCUCGAGCCCACGAGGCCCAGGCACCGCUUGGGGGCACGCCCGCUGCCGCGCAGUCCCGGAGCAGGGCGAGCGGGGCCGCCGGCGGCUCCAAAGCCGCCCCCCGGCCGCUCCGCGGGGUAAAAACAAAAAAAACGCACGAGUUCCC